UGCGAUAUUGAUUUGAGAGUGUUCUUGAUUUUUAGAAUAAUUGUCUUGCAAAAACAAUAUGUUACACUAAUUGAUUAAUUAUAGUUUUACUAUGUGUCAAUAUAAUUUGAUAAUUUUGUUAAAUAAUUGAUGAAUAUCAUAAUAUUUAAUUUCAAUAUACGGUAGAUAUAAUCAAAGUCAUGUACAUUAUUAUUGUCAUAUUUAUAAGUAACCCAUAUAUUGUACAAUUUUACUAAAUGUUUGAUUAUGAAAAAAUGCAUUAUACAAAUGGAUAUGAGAUUUUCUCAAUGAUAAUUAAAUUAUGUAUUUAUAUUAUUGUUGCAUAUGAAACUGAUGUGUAACAAACAUAUUGCAUUGUUUAUUUCAGAAGACCGCCCACUUCCUGGCUCAGAACACCCUGAAGAAUCUUCCCACCAUCAUUUAAAAGAUGCAUCACCCUGGGCUUCUCCUGCACCUAGUCCAGUGCCGAGCCCGAAAGCGAGCCCACAAGGUUCCCCCAAGUUACAGAGAAAGAAGUGGGCAUUCAGUGAAAAACAUGCUUUUACACAGGAAAACAACUAUGAGAGUGUGAACGCCCAUGAGUUGGUGGAACAGCUGGCACAGUCAGAAAAUCUCCAGGAACAGGCUGAUAUUAUUCAUUAUCUGUACAUGAAAAAAGGUACAGAUUGGGAUACAGAAGUUGAUGGGAAAUAUUGUACAGUGGGAGAACUUUUACUGGAAUUGUAUGAAAAAGUAUGUGGACUGGACAUUUUUGUCAUUUACAGUCAAAGCUGUGUUUAA